CCUGAACUAAUAUUAGAUCAUACAAUGAAGUUAGACAACCUAGCCACGGAGCUUUUGCUCCAUAUUUUCCGCUCCUGCGAUUCCGUGUCCGAUGUCCUGCACCUGGCCGCCACGAAUCGCCGACUGCGUCACGUCUUCAGUACCUCGCAGAAACUAUCGAUACUCUCGCGCGCCGCGGAGGUGGAGUUUGGGCCCCUGGACGACAUUAUCCAGCUCGUUACCCAGAAUGCUAGCCAGCCGGCGCAUCUCAUCCGCGAGGCGUCCAUGUCUGACGCUCUGCUGAAGCAAAUCGUCGAGGUGGGCCGGGUGGCUCAGAAGUGGGAAGCUAUAUACCCCUUGAAGAAGUGGAAGGUCGAUUACGUGAAUCGCCGAUUGCUGACCGACGAGGAGCGCUAUCGUCUGCGUCGCGCGGUGUAUCGGCUCUGGCUCUAUCACCGCGCGUUUCACAAUGGUCUCUACGAUCGUUUCUCUCGUCGGAUUCGCAAUGUCAUUAUGGAACGUGCCCAGCUCUUGCACAACUGGUCGACCGAGGAGCUGGCGGAGAUCGAGGAUCUGCGUCUGGUGAUCCAAGACGUGGUGCAGAACCACAUCUGCCCGAGCAACGGCACCAUCCAGCGCAAAUUCCGCAAGCGGUAUCCGGACAGCAACCAGCCGUUGACGUUCAACGUCCAUUUGAACAACUACCGGAACAAUAAUCUCUCCGCAGGAGGCUCAUACUUCCGCGAAAACAACACCGAGUUCUACACGGCGCAUCCCAGCGAUCCCGCUGCGAAAAGCACUUACAAUUACCGGUUGCGCAACGACUUGUUCCACGACCCAGGCCAGGAAGGCUGGGGCGACGAGAUCCCGCACUACUACGUCGUGCAGGACAUGCUGAAGCUGGAUCCGGCGCAGGUGCUGUGGCUGCGCGAGAACGCGCCGCUCAAGGAGCAUGUGGAGAUGUACAUCCAGUCGCUGGGCGAGUGGUUCCGGAACAAUGGCGAGACGUUUGGCGAUACGCUGGUCUGGGUGCUGAAUGAGCGCGGGGAAGACCCGAAUGAGAUGCGGGUGGCGAUUGAGGAGGGGAAGAUGGGGAUUGCGUGCACGCAGUUGAAUUAA